AUUUAAACUUUUAAAAUGGCACACAGGCCAAAUCUAUAUGUUUCAAGUAAAAUGAAUGAACACAAAGACUGGUCAGUGCAAACAAGUAGAGCACGUUAUGUUGAUGGUAUGGUGCUAAGUGGUGUUGGAGAUGCACUUGGAUUUAAAAAUGGUGAAUGGGAAAUGUGCAAUGUCGGAGCGCAGAUCCACAGAGAAUUACAACUGUUAGGAGGACUAAGUAACAUAUGUAUAGAAUAUUGGAAAGUAAGCGAUGACACUGUUAUGCAUCUGGCUACAGCUGAAGCUCUGAUACAAAACCAAUGUUAUCAAGAUAAAGAAAAUCUGUAUUCAUUAUUAGCUCAAGCGUACAAAAAUUGCAUGUCUGAUAUGAAAGGGAGGUCGGCUGGGUUAACAUGUAUUGAUAUGUGCAGACGACUUGAUCCAUUCAAAACGCAUGGCUAUCGCAUUCCGUACAAUUCGAAUGGUGGUGGGUGUGGCGCUGCAAUGAGAUCGAUGUGCAUUGGGUUGAGGUAUCCAAGACCACGAGAUUUGCAUGAUCUAAUAGAGGUUAGCAUAGAAUCUGCAAGAAUGACACAUCACCACCCAACUGGAUAUCUUGGAGCGUUAGCUUCUGCUCUCUUUGCAGCCUAUGCUGUACAGAAAAGGAAACCUUGCACAUGGGGGAUAGGCUUACUGGAAACCACAAGACUUGCCCAAAACUAUGUGAAAAAUAAAGGUUUAUUUGUUGCUGAAAAUAUGAAAGACUGGGGUUAUUUUGAAAACAAGUGGGAACAAUUUUUAGAUAUAAGAAACAUACAUGAUGGAAGACGAGAACCAAGUUAUUCGUUAGAUUUUGAUGACGUGAGAAAGAGAGAUCAAUUUUAUAAAAUGAUGAGUUAUGAAAAUAUCGGAGGAGCCAGUGGUCAUGAUGCACCGAUGAUUGCAUACGAUGCCUUGCUUGCUUGUAACGGAAACUGGGAGGAGCUAUGUAAACUAGCAAUGUUCCACGGUGGUGACAGCGACAGCACUGGUGCGAUUGCAGGUUUUCUAUUUGGGGUUUUGUACGGCAUUGAAGGAGUUCCAAAAAGGAACUUUCACCACUUAGAGUAUCGUGAAAGAUUGGAAAGAGCUGGAGAAGACUUGUACAACAUUGUGUUUUGUCCUUGACUGAUCAAUAAUCAUAGAAUAACAAUUUAACUUGUUUUAAGUUCAUUUUGUUGAAAAUAAAUUUCCAAUUUUCUGCUGUUAAGUUGAAUUGAAUUGGUUAAAUAUGUCAAAAGAUUAGCGACUAAACAAUUAUUUGUAUAGAAAUAUGUUAAAUGUAAAAUAUAAAGGCGGUCUAAAAUAUUUAAGAUUGUCCACUGUUUUUUUUUUUUAUAAAUCAGAAGAGGUUAAAAAGUUUUCUUUUACCUUUAUUGCCUCACCAUUCAUUUUUGAUGGACAUAAUGCCAGUUUGAAUAAACAAUUAACUGUUAUGUUAUUGUUAUCGAGUGUAUCUUUUGUCCAUUCAGUAAUGUGUCUAUCAAGUUUUUGAUAAAAAAAUGAGAUGCUUUA